AUGCACGAAAUAAUCACGAUAUCUGUUUCACAGAGGGCCAACCAUUUAACCACCCAAUUUUUCAAUAUACAAGAGUACUAUCUGAAACUGUCCAAAGAAGAACAGGUUAAUGAAUCCAGUAUUUUUUUGAAUCCCACUAUAGACAAAAGUUCAAAAACCGUGUCUUAUACGCCACGUGCUUUACUGUGGGAUGCUCGUACAGGCAAUGGUUCGUUAGGAACAUAUCAAUACUCAGAAACCAGAGACUAUCAUUUCGGCAAUGAGGGUGAAUUCAAGGAUGAAACAGUUAUCAAGACUCACCCAAAAAUACCUAAAUCCGAAUAUCAAGAUGCCUUAGAUGCAGGAAUACCGCCUCCCGCCUUAAGUAAAGAUAAUACAAAAUACUGGUCGGAUUACUCUAAACUAAUCUAUGGACCUUCAAGUUUCAAUAUUUUGAAGGAUUGGUACCACGACGUUGCAAAUCCAAAUCAGCCUGACUUUCAGAACUUAGGGGAGCGAAGAUUCGACAGAUACUCUAUCGGUUAUGAUGAAUUUACCGAGAAUUAUCUGCAAAAUUUCUUUGAUGGAAAUUUGCAUACAGAAUUGGAAAAAUGUGACACUUUACAAGGGCUUAACCUUGUAACUGACGUCGAGAGUGGAUGGGGGGGGUUUUCUAGCGCUUUGCUGCUGGAAUUAAAGAACGAAUUACCAAAAAAGACGGUCUUUUCAUGGGGGUUUAAUGAGAAAGAUCCGUUUAUAGACGAACCUUCUAUAAAAAGGCUUGGCAAGAAAUGGCUCCCAAUUAUUUCGAAUAAAAUUAGAAGUACAAUAAAUAUAAUGCAAGAAUCUGAUCUUUAUUUCCCAUUAUACGCUUCCCCUGGGUUAAGCAACUGGGAAACUGCCGGUGAAACUUGCAGAAUUCUGGACUCCAUAAACGCAACAGUUUCUCAAAAUAAUCUUGCUCAAAGAAAGACAAUGGAUUACAUUACCACAGCUGUAACCUUAGGUGAUUUGUCAAGGAAUAUGGUAACCGGAAUCGUCAUCGGUAAUAACGACUAUUCAUUCUGCUCACGAAUGGUACCCUUCAAAAAUAGCCAUACGCACAACGGGCACUACACAUUCUCGAGCAGUUUCAUUCACAGAGAAAACCGAGAGCAUCGAGAUGAUAAUAUCUCUAAUUCCCGAGGUAAACCGAGUGAAAUGUCAACACAUAGGUAUUUUCCAUCUGAUACGAUACCGCCAGAGUUCUCCAAUGAUUGCGAGUUUUCUCUGCAAUUAACUUCAUCCGAAAAAAGUAGAGAUGUAUUCAAGCAUUGGAAUGAAUUUGUAAUGAGAUACUUCAAAAAUGAUAAUGAUAGAGAGGAAUUAAAGAACGAACUUUCAGAUUACGCGUCAGCGUAUGAAUCAGGAUGGUACGAAGACGAAGAUUCCGGCGACGAUGAUAUGUGA